AUAUCCUCCUUGCAAACCAAACUAAACAUUACCGUCCAAUCGGUUUGAAUCGGUUUCAAUCGGGUUAGCUCUAGCAAGCCUUGAAGCUAAAUCACAUAAGGGGCCGGCUUAAUGCUGCGAGGAACGCUGAGGAGCCUUGCCUGGUCACUCCUGUCAGCAUCCGUCUUUGUUGAUCUUGCUCUUGCCUUCCAAGUUCAUCCCAUGAGGUUGUUGCGACCGAGUUUCGUCGUCAAGAAUGCUGCCGUGUCCUUCCGCGCCCGAUCAAGGCGCCUCGGAUCCAGGAUGUUGGCGUCGGUCGCUCCAUCCGACGUGGAGAAACCGAUCCUGGAGGAGGAGCUCAUCACGAGCUUCGACGGGAAGUCAAAGUUCAUCAAGGUCAUGAUGGAACGCGGGUUUCUGCACUCGUGCACCAACAUCGAAGCUCUUGAUGAGAAGAUGACAAGCGAGACUGUCAAGGCCUACCUCGGCUUCGACGCGACGGCCAAGUCCCUCCAUGUCGGCAGUCUACUGCAGAUCAUGAUACUCCGGCACUUGCAGCAGUGCGGGCACAAGCCCAUCGUCCUGCUAGGUGGAGGAACCACCAAGGUAGGAGAUCCGACAGGUAAGGAUCAGAGCAGGAAGAUGCUCUCAGACCAAGACAUCCAGGACAACGUCAACGGCAUCAAGACCGUCUUUGAGAAGUUCUUGAAGUUUGGCGAUGGACCCACGGAUGCACUGCUGGUCAACAACGACGAGUGGCUGUCCAGCAUCCGCUACCUCGACUUCCUCCGGGAGUACGGUCCGCUGUUCACCAUCAACCGCAUGCUCAACUUCGAGAGCGUGAAGCUGAGGCUCGAGAGAGAGUCUCCCCUCACCUUCCUCGAGUUCAACUACAUGAUCCUCCAAGCCUAUGACUUCCUCGAGCUCAACCGCCGCUACGGCUGCUCGUUGCAGCUCGGAGGGUCAGACCAGUGGGGGAACAUGGUGAACGGAGUGGAGCUGACAAGGCGAGCGAACAGCAAGCAGGUGUUCGCCAUGACGGCCCCGCUGAUCACCACCUCCGACGGGAAGAAGAUGGGGAAGAGCGAGGGAGGAGCCGUGUGGCUCAACGCCGACAUGCUGCCUCCCUACGACUACUGGCAGUUCUGGAGGAACACCCAGGACGCGGACGUUGUGAGGUUCUUGAAGCUCUUCACUGAGCUCCCGAUGGAGAAGAUUGAGGAGCUUUCUAAGCUUGAAGGGGCAGCAAUCAAUGAUGCCAAGAAGAUCCUUGCAGACGAAUGCACGCGCAUGCUGCACGGGGAGGAGGUUCUUCCUUCGAUCCACGAGACUGCCUCUGCUCUCUUCGCCGGAAAGAGCGGAAACCUCGACGACCUCCCCAAGGUGUCGAUCUCAAAGGAGGAUGUCGAUAAGGGCAUUCCCCUCAUCGACCUCUUCCUUCAGCUUGGCUUCGCCUCCUCCAAGAACGAAAUCAGGAAGCUCAUCCAAGGAGGAGGCGUUCGCCUCAACGACGAGAAAGUGCAGGACGUCAACAUGAUGCUCACCGCAGACGCGCUCAACAACAAUCAGGCCAAGCUCUCGGUAGGAAAGAAGAAGCACGGGCUCGUCGUCCUCGAGUGAUCAGACAGUCGGGCGCUGCGGGUAGUUGGGGUUGGGCUGCUUGGAGGGCAGUCCCCCUACAAGAGAAUAAGAGGCGGG